UAACCCUCCUCCCCACUCCUUACUUAAAUCCCAUCACUUGAGUUUGCCUCCCACAUUAUCAGCCCAGCUUCACAAUGAAGGCUGCAACUCUCACAGUACUGCCCUUGACCAUCUUUGCACUGACUGCAAUGCUUUGUGAAGGACGAGUAGAAGGAAAAACAGAGCGUUGUUUGUGCCAAAAGAAAGCACAGGGGAAGGUACGACCUGCACUUGUGGAGACGUUUGAGAUAUUCCCUCCAAGUGCCUCCUGUUCAAAUACUGAGAUCAUAUUAACUCUGAAGCAAGGAAUGAAGAUAUGCCUGGAUCCAAAAGGAAACCAAGGACAGAAAAUCUUAAUUGGACAGAAGCAAAAGAAAAAGGGCAAGGGACUAAGAGGCAAGAAGCAGAAGAAGAACAAGCAGCAAAACUGAAAUUUACAGCUGAUUCCAACAGGAGAUGAUUCCUUAUUAGUCUGUGAUUAAAGUGAAUUCUACACACGUGAUUGCUCAGGCUCUUCCCAUUACUGCUUAAAAGUGAUUAGUCAUUCAAUAUUAUAAUCUCACUGUGCUCUCUGUUAUUUCAAAUGCAUUACUUUCAAGAGAAAAAUCACAGGCCAUGAGGUUUAUAUGUUAACUGCAUAUAAAUGUAGUAAAGGUCAUUAUAAUACAUAUAUCUUCUUGCUCAUAUUUACUCUGACUUACACUGAUUAGUUAUGUUAUUAACACUCUCAGAAAGAAAUCAUGUAUGCUUUUGUGUGUGCAGAUAAAACCUAUCCUGUCCUUUUUCUAUUACGUAAUUAUAAGAAAUUAAACAAUUUCGGAAUUACUUGUAAUCAAAUUACUUGACAGUGUAUUAAUAGAUAACGUACAGUUAGUUACACAAUAUAUAAUGAUAUUAAUAUUACAGUGAUAUUACAACAUUAACAUUUAAUGAUAAAUAUCAGAUUGAUUGACUAUUUGAUGAACUGAUUGAAAGCUGAAACAAAAAAUAAAUAAAUAAAGCCUUAAUGCAGCUGUAAUACAUUAACUUGUGUCCUACAUUUAUUUAUUUAUUUAUUUAUUUUUCAGGUAGAAUAUCAUGUGACACCAAUUUGGCA